AUGAAGGAAGCCCAGCUGCAAGAAGACCUAGCUGCCAAACAAGCUGCUUCCACCUUUCAUCCUCAAGAAACUAGAGUCUCUUCUACUGCUCUCACGGAUGAACAAAUCAAAAAAGACAUUCAAAAUGCAAACAAAAAUACAAACAAAAACACAAACACAGAUACCACCAGCAUUAGUCAAGAGGAACAAGACAAAAUUGCAAAAAACAAAGCCAGAAGACCUCUGCCUAUUGAACUCAGAAUGUCAGACACUUUUCUCAGAGAAAAACCAGAGCUUCUACCUGAUCAACAAAAAGAACAACAACAACAACAACAACAACAACAACAACAAUCUCUGGGAGAAACACACAGACAGGCACAGCAGUUCGUUGGCUUGGACAACAAAAUCAGAGAAAAGGCAGAAACACCACCACUCUCUCACACCCAAUCCAAUUCUAACUCCUUCUCCAAUAAUCAAUCUCAAGCCACUACCAGUAACAACCAAAACCAUAAUGACAUGAUUCCACCACCUCCUCCUCCACCUUCUGGAUUGGGAGCUGCAAAUCCUAAUCUAAUCAAUCUCAAUUUCAAUGAUCCCGAUGCCAUGGCCACUGCCAUGCUAAAUCUUAACCAACAAUCCACAUCACAAACAACAACAACAACAACGUCACUCCCCAAUGACCUCUCUGAUGAUGACUUGGCAUUGGUCAUGAUACCAACCGGACUUUCCAGACAGUCUGGAAGAGAUACCGUGCCACAGACACAACCUGGAGCCGUUUCCGUAAGACCCACACAAUUCGCUGAUGACCCUAUUCCGGAAGAUCAGGUAAUACAGGAUUGGCACGAUGAAGUUUACGGGACAAACAAUGAUGAUGAUGACGAUGACGUCUCCAGUGCAGACACUUCCAUCACACCCGAAAUUCCAGAUCACAUGUUGGGACUUCCUGAGGCACUACCCAUUCGAGCAUCCAUUGUACGGCAAGAAGAAGAAUCCAAACAUGAAUUGGAGCAAUUACAGAGACAAAUGGAAGCUAAACAUGCCGAAAUGGCCGCCAUGAAACAAAAAUUGGCAGAAAUGGAACGCAUGCAACGAGAACUCGACAUGCUUAAACGAGGUGUUGCCGUGGCUGAACCCGUCGUUGCGGGCAGCAGUGACCAGGGGUCCUCCUCGGCCAUGAACCCGUCCAGUCAGCAGUACAAUACUGCCAGUGGUCCCUUUGCCUCUAGUUCCGCCACCAGUCAUACAGCCAGAAUGGAGGCCAACGAUCGCGCCGCCAAGGAACGAGCCAGGGCAUCCGGUAGUAAAGGGAAAAAGAAAGGUGGAUCUUCCCACAUGUCCUCCGCGGAAUUUCAUGCCUACCAGGUCCUACUCGGAGAAAAGAAAGAUCCAGCGCCAUUUGCGAGUGGAGAGAAAAAAGCCGCCAGCAAAACAGCACCCAAGAAGACAGCAUCGUCCACCGAUGGCAACAAUCAUAAUAAACGCAGCGGCACCUGGGGGUGGACCAAACAAGGAUCGGUCACGGAACGAAUGGGAGAUGAGGCCAACGUGUUUGGUGGAUCUGUGACCAUGGGAGACAAUAGUGUCAACAGCAACAACGGUCGACCCUUGUCGGGAUCGCUGCGGCGAUUGAGAAACAGUAAUCGAAGCGCUACCGGUACCAAUGCCGAGGAUGUUGGAGGUGAACCGGCAAUCCCGGAAGCUUCGACACAGGAGGCAGCAGAGCCGGUUACCGCUACGAGAUCUUCCAAUACUCUUGCUGCGGCAAGAACAAGUGACUCUGCUGCUGCUUCUGGUGAAAACAUUGACAGAAGCAAGGUCGCCAGCAACCCUCGCAGGUCGAAUGAGGAGGAUAUUGCAGAUGCUCUCAUGUCAGGAGAAGGACAAGUUGGGGAGACGUCGUGCUGUGUCAUUUUGUAG